AUGGCUCCCGCUACACAAUUCGAGCUCUCCCCGCCCCCGGGCGACGCCGUUUCCGCCAUCGCAUUCGCGCCCUCCAACUCCAGCAAGCUCCUCGUCUCGUCGUGGGACAAGAACGUAUACAGCUACAAUGUCGCCAGCGGCGGGUCGGAAGGGAGUCUGACAAACACAUAUGGGCACCGAGCCCCCGUUCUAGACGUCUGCUUUGGCGCGACUGACAAUGAAGCUUUCACGGCUGGCAUGGACUGGACGGUCAGCAGAUUGGACUUGGAAACUGGCGAUAUAACACCGCUGAGUAAACAUGCGGCGCCUGUUCGUCGCGUCGUAUACAACAAGGAUCACAAUAUCCUCGUGUCUGCUUCAUGGGACAGCACGCUUAACCUACACGACCUCUCCUCCAACAGCGCCCCCAUCCGCAUCCCUCUCCCUGGCAAACCCCACGCCAUUUCCUCCAGCCCGACCAAGAUUGUUGUCGCCAUGACCGGCCGCAUCAUCCACAUCUAUGACCUCAACUCCAUAGCACAGCUCUUCGCCUCUGGUGGCACGGAGCUGAAGCCCUGGCAGACGCGGGAGUCGUCGCUCCGAUACCUAACGAGGGCGGUUGCGUGCAUGCCCAACGAUGCAGGGUAUGCGACGUCCAGUAUCGAAGGUCGUGUUGCUGUUGAGUGGUUCGAGGACACGGCAGAGUCGCAGGCUCGCAAGUAUGCCUUCAAGUGUCAUAGACAACCUGCUCCGGAAGGCGAUGGCGACAUUGUAUAUCCCGUUAAUGCGCUGGCAUUUCACCCUGUUCAUGGAACAUUUGCGUCAGGCGGUGGAGAUGGGACCGUUGCAUUGUGGGAUGCAGAGGCCAAGAGACGGUUAAAGCAGUAUCAAAAAUUUCCCAACAGCGUUGCGGCACUGGCUUUUUCAAACGAUGGCAAAUACCUGGCUGUUGGCGUAUGUCCUGGGUUCGAGACGGGCCAGGAGGACUACACUGGCGCUGGUGCUACGUCGAUUUUGAUCAGGGAAUUAGGUGAGAAUGAGGCAAGGGGCAAGGGCGCGAAAUAA